GAAAACGAAUCGAAAAAAUCAUAAACAUAAAAAUGGGAUUGUGUGUGCUGUGCACUCAUCAGUGAUAGUUACUUAAGAAGGGCAAAGUUUAAGUUAUAUUUACUUAUACUAACAAUUGCGUGGUACUCCCCACCAUUUGCUACGGAGUCAAACAGACCGGCUCGUAGGAGACAGUCACAACCUACCACCUCGAGCAGCCAGCUCGGGGCUCACGAACCUAAGGUUCAUAACUGCAAUUAAUUGUAAAUCUAAUAAAACAUGCAGUUAAUAUUCUAUAUAGUGAUCAUUGUGCUCCAAUUUUCAGCGAUAGUCGCUGAUUAUUAUAAAACGAAGCCAAAUUUUGUGCAGACUUGUUUGAAAAGUGAUCCAGACUUCGAAGAUUGUUCUAAGGACGCCGUACAACAACUAUUCAAUGCCUUGGGGCCCGGGUUACCAGAAAUAGACUUGCCCCCUAUAGAUCCACUAAAUAUUCCUAAAAUAAGGAUUUUGCAAGGCGAUGGGCCGGUUAACGUUAAUGCCGCACUUGAUAAUGUUGUGGUAACAGGUUUUGGACGUACCGAAGUGUUGCUCAGUCAAGUAGAUGGUGAGACAUACAACUUUUAUACAAGGGUCCGUGUUCCAAAAAUUAGAAUCGAGGGAACUUAUGAUUUAAAAGGCAAAAUAUUGUUAAUACCUCUAGUUGGCAGUGGUCUUUGCUGGUUUGAACCAAGUAACAUGACAAUAGAUAUCGUAAGUGACGUUAAGCUGUAUGAAAAAGAUGAUUUACCUUUUUUUAAUGUCACAAAGGUGCAUGUUAAAUACAAUAUUGGGGGGUUAAAAUUACAUAUGAGCAAUUUAUUUGAUGGAAUUUCAUCACUCGAGGAUAGCACAAAUGCGUAUUUAAACGCAAAUUGGCGCCCAGUCUCCGAGUCUUUGAGACCAAUAUUAUCAAAGACUAUAGAAGAUAUUUUAUUAGGCUUCAUGCAACAAAUAUUUCACAAUCUGCCCGGAAACUUUAUGAUUGGAGAUAUUAAAACUAAUCUAAUAAAUAAGAAAAGAAAUUAAUGUAUUAUAAAUAUGCUUUAAUUUAAAUGUAGGUUAUUUUAAUAUUAUUUAUAAUUAAAAUCUAAUUCUUAAGGA